GCCGCGGCGCGCAAUGCGAGGAUCUGCAUGUGAUCGUCGCGUCGAUCACGUGGAAACAUAACGCGUCGCGUCGACGUGCGUCUAAUCUGCACCGGUACCACGCUCUGGUGCACGUCGUUGCAAACCCUGCUCAACUCACAGGAUUGACCACCCUACAUCCUGCGUCUGUUACAGGAACUACUACAAAAGACCGAGGAAGUACAGAUGCAAUGUUCACGAUCACCUUCACCAGCCGAGUCGCGCCACAGGCUUUCCUCUCCCACUUAUGACGAGCAAAUUGAUAUGAGCCAGCAAGAGCUCGAAGCCUUCGACGAAUUUGAGUCCAGCCAAUACGCAGGACGCCGUCCGUCACCUGUUCCCCAGGACCCCAUAGAGGUCAAGAGACGCAGAAACAAGGAAAUAGCGGAUAGCUUGGAUGAGUGGGAAACGCAGAGUAGGAAGAAACGGAUAUCUUUAGAAAGACAGGCCAGCCUUGAUGAUGCGCUUGCUCCUCCACCUCCCCCGGAUGAACGAUCGCAAGUUGACGGUGUAGGAGCAGCUGAUUUUCCUCGGUUCUCCGGCUUUGUAUCCGCCUCACGGGUGGCCGCGACGGAUAGUGGAGACGAUACUCAUGAGGACUUGGCACAGACGACGCAUACACCCGCUAAAUAUCAUGGGUUCGGCUUCACUUCUGCUGCAAAUAUUGACAAUAACUCGUUCAAUCAUGACACCGACAAGCAACCAACGUCAUCUCCGGACGUACCGGAAGAUCAAGACUAUGCAGACUGGUUCUCUGCGAAGAUUCCAGAGGGGGCGGCGACCGGUUUCCAACCAGCAAGAGCGAUCAAACCCCCGCGGCCUGUCGACGACCCACCCGUGCUGCUAGAUCCAGCCUUGAACGCUCUCCCGAGUUUCACAUCCUGUCGCAUCAUCUUUAACGAGGAGCGCGGACCGCCCAUGUCGCAAGUCAAUGCAGAAGCGCCGACUAUCUCCGGGUUCAACUCUGCCGCCAACUACGUGCAUAGUAUGCAGAGCGGAACCGUGCUACAAGAUUGGGCGAAGCCAUCUGCUGAAGCCCUCGCUCGCGCGGCUGCGAAGUUGAAGACAUGGGAGGCAGAAAUGGGGUCAGAUUUUACGUCGGACCCAUCUAUUCCUGAGCCUCCAGAAGGUGGCGGAACGCUUGAAGGAGGCGGAUUCGGACGACCGGCGCUGCGUAUGCUGGAGAACUCCUUCGCGCCCGCGAGUGGCGCACCGGACAGUCCAACUCCUGCCGGGUCAGGCUUUGGUCGAGCGAGUAACUUGUCGAGUAAACUUCCCGCCCUAGGGAGGAACAAGGGAUUCAAGUCGCCGCUACUCACACGCCCUGUAGCAACGCCUAGGACUGCUGCGGGAACAUCGUACGUCAAUUCGCCGCUGAACCCGAACACCAUUGCGUCUACUUCGAAGCUGCCACCGGCUUUUGCGACGCCUACUCGUCCUGGAACGUCAUCCUUCAUGCCAUUAGUUCCAAGGACCACGACACCCAGCAAGAGUCUAGGGCUUACUCCCCGGCGAUUAGGAUUCAGCUCGGCUGCUGGCAAACCACAGUUCGUGACCCCAUUCAAGGCUGGCAUGAAGCCUGGAGAAUCUGGUCGCCUGGACCUCGAGCAAAAGAUGUCGGAGGCAUCUCAGAAAACUAGUGUCACUGUGAUUGGGAACGCUAAACCGGCGCGUCAUAUUGAUAAGGCCCCGCGAAAGGCCACCUUCUUUGAUCUCACGAAGUCGGAGAGUAGGCAAACACUUGAAUCGAGCGGGCUGCGUCCCCAAAUGUACGACGAAGUCGAAUUGUCCCACAUGGUCGGAAAUAACUAUGAUAGCCUCAAGCAGCUGACGCCCGACAACGCACUGUUCUACAGAUUUAACUCAAGGUCCUCGCACAACGCGUCGUCUCUUCUAGGCGAGUCCCUUAUACUGGGUGCGGACGCUGCUCUUGAGGAUCUACGUGACACUGGCUGCGAUCUCGCGACCCAAGAAUGGGUCAACAACCACUGGUCAUUAAUACUAUGGAAGCUCGCGGGGAUGGUCUGCCUGCAACCUCAGCUCGAGGCCAACCCUGCCACGCGGCGAUGGUGUUGGAAAGAAGUCGUCAACCAGCUGCUCUAUCGAUAUGAGCGUGAGCUUAACUCGAGCAGUCGUCCCCCGUUACGGCUCAUCACUACGCACGACGCGCCGGCGACUUGCCCCAUGAUCCUAUGCGUGACGAACAUUACUUGGCACAAUGGGCCAAGGGAUGAGCACGGAAGCACCAGUGAUCGUUGGGCUAACGUUGAGGUGACCGACGGAUGGUAUCGUAUCCGCGUCGCAGUGGACGACCCAAUUGAGCGAGCUAUCAACAGCGGCCAUAUUCGAGUGGGGCGAAAGCUCGCAAUCCAGAACGCGCGGCUCAUGCAUAAGGAAGGGAGAGAGCCUGCAGAACCGCUCGAGGCGUAUACACAGAUGAACCUCCAGAUCUGCGGAAACUCUUGCCACCUGGCUCCAUGGCACGCUAAGCUAGGGUUCAUGCACCAUCCCAUGGUCGCCACGCUGGACCGCUUGACGGCCGAUGGCGGGCUGGUGACUUUGCUAGACGUCACGGUCGAGAGGGUAUAUCCUAUCGCCUAUACAGAGUUCAACACCACACGAGACGGUAUGAAGGAGUGUCUCGGCAUUCUGAACGAGAAGGAAGAGUUGGAAGCCCAGGACAGAUGGAGGGCACAACGAGAAGCAGCGGCGCAGAAAAUCCGCGAUGAAUACGACGUCAAGAUUUAUCGGUGGCAAGGCUGGGCGGAGACGUUCGAAGCCCGCUCCGGUUCAGGAUGGCAACCCACCGAUGCGAAUGAUCAUUUAUCCGCAGACGCCGAAGAUCAGUGGCUCACGCUCGUGGACGAACCAGCGACCUUUGCUCAAGUGAAGAAAGAGCUGACGACCGACCGUGCGGGAUGGCUCGCGUUUCAUGCUCGCCAUGCGAUUGCCAAGGCGAGAGAGGACCUGUCCGAGGAUAUUGGCAAAGAGCUGGAGGCGGACUACCCUCCGCGCGAUUCGCGGAGCUUCCGGGUCAUUGUCGUAAAGGACGCACGUUGGUCGAAGCGGGAGCCUCUGCGCAUGGGCCAGCUACACAUCUGGGACAUCCUGAACUAUGUGCAGACCGAAGGCGGUAAGCCUGGGCAAUUCACGGAGGGCGAGAGAUAUAUCGUCUCCAGCGUUAUGCCGUCGCACAAGACAGCAUGGAUGGAGCCUGACAUCGGCGCCAUGGUCUACUUCAACACCACGAAGAGCACGCGAUUCCAGAGGGUCAAGCCAUAGCCCGCCAGUACACGCCCUACUGCACGUAAUUUAUGCGUUCCUUAUUGCUCUAUUGCGCUCUCGCUCAAGCUUUGCUCUGCAACUGUACGCAUGAUGUGUGUGGU